AACGGAAGCUGCUGCCCCUCUGAUGAAACUUCUUCCUUAUUCCUUAUUCCUCGGACCCCUGCUACUCGUGUGUCCUUUCUUUUUCUUUACCUUCUUCUUCUUUUUCUCUUCACACAUCCUCCCCCCGCCAUUCGUAGCUUAUUUUCAGCGUCUACUUCUUGCCGCCAUUCGAUCCUCAGCCUAUUCAUGAAUUGAUUUUCACUGCUCCUUUGAUCUACUCCCUCCUCUCCCUUCUCAGUCUCCCACUCUACCCAAAGAUGACCCCCAAUAAUACUUUUUCGCUCCGCCAGUCAAUCCAACAUCUCUUUCGACGGCAAUGCAAACACAGUACCAAAACACUGGCCCUCGCCCUGCUAGUCCUCUUCAUCACUCUCAACCUCCUUGUAUAUAUGAACUUCUCAUGGCUCUUUCUACCAUCAGUCCUGGACCCGGAGCUACCUGUGGAGAGGCGGGAAACCAGCUCGAUGACCCGUCCACCACAGCAUUUCUUUUCAUCGGCACCGGAUUGGAUGGACGAAUGGCUUCGAUACCAGUGGCUCGAUCCCUCUUUAAACGAAGCAGUAGGCGCAGACCUAACAAUCGAUAUCGUCUACACUUGGGUUAAUGGCUCCGAUCCAAAACUCCAGGCGUUGAAAGAACACUAUCAGGACAUCUCACCUCUCUUUCAAAUGUACCGUGCAGGCGCGGGCCGAGGAAUGGGUGUUGGAGGGGGCAGCGUCAUCCGCGGAACAGGAACUACCAAGGACCAGACUGCGAACCGGUUCAGGGAUAUGGACGAACUCAAGUACUCUGUACGGUCGGUGGCCGAGUAUGCAAAAGACAUGUUUAAGAAGAUCCAUAUUCUAACGACUACCGUGGAUGGCGAGUCGGAUGAGGUCCAAGUGCCGUCGUGGCUCGACAUGGACACGUCCAAGGAGGUGAUUCAACUAGUGCCGCAUCGUGCGAUCUUCGGGAACGUAUCUGUGCUGCCAUCGUUCAGCAGUUUGUCGAUCGAGAGUCAGAUCCAUCAUAUUCCUAACCUCACGGACGUUUUCAUGUACCUGAACGACGAUGUCUUUCUGGGCACUCCCACGACCGCUGCCACCGUCUGGACUCCCCUCUACGGGUUCGUCUUCCACAUGGAGCCAACCUUGCUCGUGCCACCGACCCUCCUUGACUUUCCAGCAAACUCGAUCGUCUUUGGCGAAUGGAACUCGCUCCAGUACUCCAACUAUCUCCUCUCCAGGCAAUUUGGCCCCCGCCAUCGCUCCUAUCUUGCCCAUGUUCCUCAUGUGCUCAGCACACCAAUCCUACAAGAGAUGCAAGAUAUGUGGCCUGAGGAGUUUGCCGAAACUAGCUCACAUCGCUUCCGAGGAGAGGGACAGGCCAUGGAUGUGCAUGUGUCGUUCUUCAUGGCCCAUUACGUAAUGGAGCGCUUGCGUGAGUCCCAACUGAGCUCGUUCUGGUUUUAUCGACUGGAUGCGAACCAAGAUGGUGUCCUCGACUGGAGCGAGCGCCAGCAGUUCAUCGAGCGCGUUGAGAAAUGGAACAAGGCCGAGCAAGACCUUCUUCAGCACUACCCACCUUCGCCAUAUUCCAGAAAUUUUUCCAGUUACACCCAGAACAGUGAUGCUCGUCUCCGGCAACUGGGCUUCUCGUCCCCGAGCCCAUCUAUCUACCGCUUGUCAGGACAGGAUGGAUACCCCUUUAUGCUAAAGUAUGCCAACACAACAUCGAGCCCCAACAACUGGCAGUCAACGCCCUAUCUGCCGUACGAGGAGGUCGGACUCAGGAACUGCCAUUUGGAUGUCAAAUUUUGUCUUAGCCCACUCUUCUUGGACAGCACAAUACCUGAAAUUGACAACAUCACAUCCGCAAAAAUCUUUGAGCGCCUGGCGUUCUCAGAAUUCCACUGCGGCGACUGUCUGCUCCACAUGCUUCGCCAGACAGCGACUGAGCCAGGGCUGGCAGGGGAGAUCAUGCCUCUAGACAGGACCUCGGAUGCCUACAAAACUGUGAGCUCUGACCUGUCAAAGUACAACUACGUGAUCGCGACCUCGACAUACUCGUUUAUCCAACUCCAGGAGCCUUAUACAUCACAGAGGGAUCUGAACAAGAUCCUAACCAACAAGGCUUCGGAAGCAUUCUUCUGCAUCAAUGACAACGUGGGUGACAGCCCUAGGGUCGAAAGCGCCGUUCGUCAGGUGUUCAAGCAGUUCCUCGACGAGCGAUUCUCGACGCCUUCACCAUGGGAGAAACCAUAACAAAUAUGACAACAAUACACAUCCUCAUAUCGAACAACUAAACAACUUGUACAGUAGCAUCAUUCGUUCCACAAUAAUAAAAGUCGCCAGAGCGCAUAAACACA